AUGGCGACUGCAGCCCCCAAGGACGACAUCAAAAUCAGUGGACACAAUGAUCUUGCUCCAACUACCAGUUAUAUCGAUGGCGAAGUCCUCGACGCAGGAAUUGACUACGGCUACUUCAAUGCUUCAAAGUUUACAAAGUUCUACAGGAGCGUUUUGUUCCAAAUGAUCCUCCUUGGACUUCUCUCCUGCGUUGGUCCAGCAAUGUCUGAUGCCAUUUCCAAUCUUGGAGGCGGCGGUCUCUCCACUCCGUACCUAGCAAACCUAGCGACCUCUCUCAAUUAUACGGCUGGAUGUCUACUCACUCUUUUCGGCGGCCCCUUGAUCAACAAGUUGGGUAUCAAAUGGUCCUGCAUCAUAGCAGCGGUUGGAAUGCCUCUUUCCGGUUCUGCGUACUACGUUUGCGCAAAGUACCGUGUUAAUUGGUAUCUCAUCUUUGCAAAGAUACUCACAGGAUUCACCUAUGGCUUUUUGUACGUUGCAGAGUCUACGGCCAUGUUGUCAUAUCCCCUAGCAAACGACAGAGGCUUCUAUCUAGGUGUAUGGUCGGCCAUGCGGAACUCGGGUAGCGUCAUUGGAGGCGCUAUCAACUUUUCUAAUAAUCACAGUGACUCCAAAGCAGGUGGCGUAGCGUGGUCCACCUACCUUGUCUUUAUUGCCUUUGAAUGCACUGGCCUGGUUUGGGCUUUCUUGCUCUCGCCAACUAGACGCGUCCGACGUCAUGAUGCCACCAAAGUUGCCAUGUCCGAGCGAGCCAGCUGGAAGCAAGAGUUUGCUGCCUUGUGGAAACAUUUACAACGCAAAAAGACCUGGCUCAUGACUUUACCUGCCUUUUACUCGUUCUUCUGUGGCGGAACGAUGGGCACCUAUUUGUCGUUGCACUUUUCAGUGCGAGCGAGAGCAUUGUCUUCUCUCCUCCUCCCGACCCUUUCCAUCGUGGAGGUGAUCCUCUAUGGAAAGCUUCUAGACAGGACUCGCUGGUCCCAGACCAAGCGAGCAUGGAUCUCCUUUGCCUGCUGGUUGAUUCCACAAGCAGCCUGCUUCAUCUGGAUUGGAAUCGAGUAUUCCAAGUUUGGCGGCAGCAAACUCGAAAACGCUCUGGACUAUGAAACAAAAUGGGUAGAGGCUUACCUCCCAUAUUUGAUAAUGCAAUCAACUAGCUACGUAUGCCAGCUAUCUCUAUACUGGAUCCUCGGAACUUUCUCCACCGAUGCCGGAUCUUCUGCCCGUUCGGGUGGUUUGCUCCGAGCCUUUGAGACGGCCGGACAGACGGUCUCCUACGCGAUCAACUCUCACAGCGGAUCCGACGCUAGAAUUCCCUUCUAUGUCCACGCGGCCAUCUUGUGCCUCACUAUUCCCUGCAUGGUGUUCCUCAUUCGGCUUGUACCAGAAGCCCCAGCUGCAACAGAUAUUGAUGUAGAGCCAGUAGUCGAUUCACCUGCUAACAAGCAGGUCGACUAA